GGGGGACUCACCGGCCACCUGACGCCGCCGACGGGGACCAGCACGGCCUGAGGCAGCGGGAUGGGAACGAGGAGCGGCCCCGCCCCGGCGCCCUGAGCCCCCCCCCCCUGGAGCCGGAGCCGCGCCGGGCGCCGCGACCCCCCCGGGCAGCAGCGGCAGCAGCAGCAGCAGCAGCAGCAGCAGCGUGUGAGCGGGACAGGAUGAUGAGCGGACAAUGAUGAUGGCCAGGAAGCAGGACGCCCGCAUUCCCACCUACAACGUGAGCGUGGUGGGGCUGUCCGGCACCGAGAAGGAGAAGGGGCAGUGCGGCGUCGGCAAGUCCUGCCUCUGCAACCGCUUCGUGCGGCCCAGCGCCGACGAGUUCCACCUGGACCACACGUCGGUCCUGAGCACCAGUGACUUCGGGGGCAGGGUGGUCAACAAUGACCACUUCCUCUACUGGGGGGAGGUGGUGCGGGCGCUGGAGGAGUGCGUGGACUGCAAGAUGCACGUGGUGGAGCAGACGGAGUUCAUCGACGACCAGACCUUCCAGCCCCACCGCAGCACGGCCCUGCAGCCCUACAUCAAGAGGGCGGCGGCCACCAAGCUGGCGUCGGCGGAGAAGCUCAUGUACUUCUGCACCGACCAGCUGGGGCUGGAGCAGGACUUCGAGCAGAAGCAGAUGCCCGACGGGAAGCUGCUGGUGGACGGGUUCCUGCUCUGCGUCGACGUCAGCCGGGGCAUGAACAGGAACUUCGACGACCAGCUCAAGUUCGUGUCGAACCUCUACAACCAGCUGGCCAAGACCAAGAAGCCCAUCGUGGUGGUGCUGACCAAGUGCGACGAGGGCGUGGAGCGCUACAUCCGCGACGCCCACGCCUUCGCCCUCGGCAAGAAGAACCUGCAGGUGGUGGAGACCUCGGCCCGCUCCAACGUCAACGUCGACCUGGCCUUCAGCACCCUGGUGCAGCUGGUGGACAAGAGCCGGGGCAAGGCCAAGAUCAUCCCCUACUUCGAGGCGCUGAAGCAGCAGAGCCAGCAGAUCGCGGCGGCCAAGGACAAGUACGAGUGGCUCGUGAGCCGCAUCGUCAAGAGCCACAACGAGGCCUGGGCCAACGUGAGCCGCAAGAUGCAGCCGUCGCCCGAGUACCAGGACUACGUGUACCUGGAGGGCACGCAGAAGGCCAAGAAGCUCUUCCUGCAGCACGUGCACCGCCUCAAGCAGGAGCACAUCGAGCGCCGGCGCAAGACCUACCUGGCCCUGCUGCCCCAGGCCUUCGACGCCCUCAUCCCCGACCUGGACGAGAUCGACCACCUGGGCCGGGGCAAGGUGGAGAAGCUGCUGGAGGCCAAGCCCGACUUCCUCAAGUGGUUCGUGGUGCUGGAGGAGACGCCCUGGGACGCCACGAGCCACGUGGACAACGUGGAGAACGAGCGCAUCCCCUUCGACCUGAUGGAGACGCCGCCCGCCGAGCAGCUCUACGAGGCCCACCUGGAGAAGCUGAGGAACGAGCGGAAGCGGGCGGAGAUGAGGAGGGCCUUCCGGGAGAACCUGGAGACGUCGCCCUUCAUCACGCCCGGGAAGCCCUGGGAGGAGGCUCGGAGCUUCAUCAUGAACGAGGACUUCUACAUGUGGCUGGAGGAGCCCGUGUACAUGGACAUCUACGGCAAGCACCAGAAGCAGAUCAUAGACAAGGCCAAGGAGGAGUUCCAGGAGCUGCUCCUGGAGUACUCGGAGCUGUUCUACGAGCUGGAGCUCGACGCCAAGCCCAGCAAGGAGAAGAUGGGCGUCAUCCAGGACGUGCUGGGCGAGGAGCAGCGCUUCAAGGCCCUGCAGAAGCUGCAGGCCGAGCGCGACGCCCUCAUCCUCAAGCACAUCCACUUCGUGUACCACCCCACCAAGGAGACGUGCCCCAGCUGCCCCGGCUGCGCCGACUCCAAGGUGGAGCAGCUGCUCGGCUCCCGCUUCAUCCGGCCCUCGGAGCGCAACCAGAAGAACCUGCUGCUGGACUCCAACAUCGACAGGAUCAACCUGGUGAUCCUGGGCAAGGACGGGCUGGCGCGGGAGCUGGCCAACGAGAUCCGGGCGCUGUGCACCAACGACGACAAGUACGUCAUCGAGGGCAAGAUGUACGAGCUGUCGCUGCGGCCCAUCGAGGGCAACGUGCGGCUGCCCGUCAACGCCUUCCAGACGCCCACCUUCCAGCCCCACGGCUGCCUGUGCCUCUACAACUCCAAGGAGUCGCUGUCCUACGUGGUGGAGAGCAUCGAGAAGAGCCGCGAGUCCACCCUGGGCCGCCGGGAGAACCACCUGGUGCACCUGCCCCUGACGCUCGUCCUGGUCAACAAGAGGGGCGACGCCAGCGGGGAGACCCUGCACAGCCUGGUCCAGCAGGGCCAGCAGAUCGCCAGCAAGCUCCAGUGCGUCUUCCUGGACCCGGCCUCGGCCGGCAUCGGCUACGGCCGCAACAUCAACGAGAAGCAGAUCAGCCAGGUGCUCAAGGGCCUGCUGGACUCCAAGCGCAACCUCAACCUCGUCGGCUCCACGCCGGGCCUCAAGGAGCUGGCGGACGUGGACCUGCGCAUCGUCAUGUGCCUCAUGUGCGGGGACCCCUUCGGCGCCGACGACGUGCUGCCGCCCCUGCUGCAGGCCCAGGCCUGCCGGCCGGCGCCGGGGAGCGGCGGCGGCUCCUCGGUGCUGCUGGAGCUGCCCGUGGGGCCCCACAAGCGGCGCACGGAGCUGUCGCUGCUGUCCUACCACGCGUCCUUCGGCGUGCGCAAGAGCCGCCUGGUGCACGGCUACAUCCUCCUCUACUCGGCGCGGCGCCGGGCGUCGCUGGCCGUGCUGCGGGCCUUCCUCUGCGAGGUGCAGGACAUCGUGCCCGUGCAGCUCGUGGCGCUCACCGACGGCUCCGCCGACAUCCUGGACAACGACGUGAGCCGCGAGCAGCUGGCGGAGGGCGAGGAGAUCGCCCAGGAGAUCGACGGGCGCUUCGCCGCCGUGGCCUGCGGCCAGCCCGCCCAGCACAAGCUGGAGCUCUUCCAGCCCUUCUUCAAGGACGUGGUGGAGAAGAAGAACAUCGUGGAGGCCGCCCACAUGUACGACAACGCGGCGGAGGCGUGCAGCACCACCGAGGAGGUGUUCAACUCGCCCCGCGCCGGCUCCCCCCUCUGCAACUCCAACCUGCAGGACUCGGAGGAGGACGCGGAGCCCCCCGGCUACAGCCCCUUCCGGGAGGAGCCCGCCGUGCCCGCCCUGCCCAAGGACCACUCGAAGCUCUCCAUGGAGCUGGAGGGCAACGACGGGCUGUCCUUCAUCUCCGUCGUGAGCACUUUCGAGAGCAAGCUGAACAACAAAGUACCUCCCCCGGUGAAGCCCAAGCCCCCCGUGCACUUCGACAUCAAGGGCGACCUCUCCUACCUGGAGCAGGGCCACCGGGACGGGCAGAGGAGGUCGGUGUCCUCCUCGGGCUGGCUGCCCGCCGACUGCUUCGACCCCUCGGACUACGCCGAGCCCAUGGACGCCGUGGUGAAGCCGCGCAGCGAGGAGGAGAACAUCUACUCGGUGCCCCACGACAGCACCCAGGGCAAGAUCAUCACCAUCCGCAACAUCAACAAGGCGCAGUCCAACGGCAGCGGCAACGGCUCGGACAGCGAGAUGGACACGAGCUCCCUGGAGCGCGGCCGCAAGGCCCCGGCGGCCGCCAAGCCCGCCCUGUACCGGGCGCGGUGCCCGCGGCUCGGCCGCUUCGCCGGCUACCGGCCCAGCCUCAGCCUGGGCAGCGACGACGAGCUGGGGCCCGUCGCCCGCAAGAAGGAGGAGGAGCAGAGCUCCCAGGGCUGCUACAAGGGCGACAACGCCGUCAUCCCCUACGAGGCGGCCGACGGGGAGGACCCGCGCAGGAGGAACAUCCUGCGCAGCCUCAGGAGGACCACCAAGAAACCAAAGCCGAAGGCGCGGCCCUCGGUCACCAAGAGCACGUGGGAGAGCAGCUACUUCGGGGUGCCCCUGGCCAGCGUCGUGUCCCCCGAGCGGCCCAUCCCCGUCUUCAUCGAGCGCUGCAUCGAGUACAUCGAGGCCACGGGGCUGAGCACGGAAGGGAUUUACCGGGUCAGCGGGAACAAGUCGGAGAUGGAGAGUCUGCAGCGACAGUUUGACCAGGACCACGGGCUGGACUUGGCCGAGAAGGAUUUCACCGUCAACACGGUGGCCGGGGCCAUGAAAAGCUUCUUCUCGGAGCUGCCGGAGCCGCUGGUGCCCUACGCCAUGCAGGUGGAGCUGGUGGAGGCCCACAAGAUCAACGACCGGGAGCAGAAGCUCCACGCGCUGAGGGAGGUGCUCAGGAAGUUCCCCCGCGAGAACUACGAGGUCUUCAAAUACGUCAUCGGGCACCUCAGCAAGGUGAGCCACAACCACCAGGUGACCCUGAUGACCAGCGAGAACCUGUCCCGUUGUCCCCCUGUCCCACUGUCCCCCUGUCCCCCUGUCCCUGUCCCAUUGUCCCUGUCCCAGG